AUGUCCAGCCUUCCGCUGCCUCUGGAUGAGGAUGCUCCCACGGGAGCGCUUGCUUGGUUCCCAUACGGCCGUCAGGAUCUUCCAGGUUGGCGCUUCGACGUCAUCACCCUCCUCGCCAUCAUCGGCGAGUCCAGCGUCGCUGAACACGCCCAAACCCUCACAGCAUCCCGUCUCUGCCUCCUCCCACGUAUCAUUCCCGCCCCUCAAGCCCUCCUCAAACCAGUCCGGCCUCAACGACUUCCAGAAGCCAACGCCAAAAUGACAGGCGUACACAGCGGGGUGGUACUCGACACGGUAGGUUUCUUCGCAAACAUCCUACAACCCCUCGACGAGAUGAAGCCCUUCUCCUUUAAAGUCCUCGAGAUCAAGCACACGAAGGAAGCUUUGGAAGCCAUCAAAGCGGACAAAACAAGAGAGGAAAAGGGGAGACUUACCACCUCCGCCAAGGGCAGCAACUGGUGGAGAAGAGGCUGGAGAGGGCAGCAAAAACCAACAGCACCGCAUAUCAAGCCUACCGUUGAUACCACCACAGUCCUCACCCUCUCCCGACCAAGCUUCUUCGGCCCAGCCAACGCCAACCCAACCGAAAAACCACCCACCCGUAAACCCACUGUUCGGUUCGCCACAGCAGCGGCAGACGACGACCUCGAACGAGGCGGCUCCUCCAGCACCACGCUCACAACCUCUGAUAAUAACCACCCCCACCACCUCCCCCAUCACCGAACAUCAACCAUCAGACCCUCCGUCCCGGCAACGUUAUGCUCCCCCGUGCACCUACUUUCGAUUUUUUCAUUUGCCCUCACACUGGCAAUCAUCAUCCUCUCCGCCCUCUGGGAAGACGGCACGGCCAUUCUGGCCAUAGUAUUGAUGUCGCUGGCCUCGUCGGUGGUUUGCUACGCCUCGCUGUGGAAGCCCGUUCUCAUGAACAGGACCACUUCGGGCAAGGUGCCCGAGGGGGAUGUCGUGAUCAGGACAAGGGAGGGGGCGUUUCUGCUGAUCAAAUGCACCGAGGAGGUGGCGCGGGAGCUGUAUUCCGGGACGGAGGAGUGCAAGUACGUGGUGGAGAGCGAUCUGUACAGGCUGUACAUGGGGUUGGGGAUGGUGCUGCUGAUGGUGAGCGUGGUGUUGCUGGGGAACUGCGGGUGGAACAGUCAGGUGCUGAUUGGGGGGGGUUAUAUCUGUUUGAACGGGCUGUAUUGGAUGAUGGGGUUGGUGGAGGAGAAGAGGUUUUGGGAUGUGGAUAGGAGGUAUACCGUUCGGGAUGUGACCAAGGAGGAUUCAAAGGGGGCGCAUGCUUUUCCGGAGGGGAAGGAUAAGUGGGAGAAGGAUCGGUUGGAGGAUGAUGAGAUUCCUAGUUUUACGAGGACGAUGUGGUAUGCGAUCAGGGAGACGAAGGGGCAGGUGGCGUGGGUGAAGAGGAGCGGGGCGAUGCCGAAGACGAAGCAGUGGAAGAGGUGGUUGGAGGAGGCGCAGAAGAUGGCUGAGAAGGGGGAGAGAGGGUGGAAGGCGGUGAGGAGGAAGGGGGAGAUUAUGAGGGAGGAGGGGGCCGAAGAUGAUGCGGAACAGAUGGCGCCUGCGCAGGAGGUGCAGAGGAGGGGGACUGUGAGGGGGGAGUGA